AUGGAAAAGAAACACAAGUCCACUGGUGCGGAAACCGGUCGAAUUGUUAAAAAGCUGAAGGUCCAGGAAAACAAUUCGUCGAGUGCCUUAGUUACAAAUGUUUCGAUUUCUCAAGUUUCUCCGAAUACAUCUUCCCUGUUUUCGAAUUCGUCGUCGCCUACUGAGAUGGAUGCCCUGUCCACAGACAUGGAGACUCAGAUGUACUCCAACUCAAGCUCGUUUGAAUACUCAGACAGUUUUUCCUCCGACAACAUGAAACUGACAGAAGAUAUAGUUGAUGAAAAAGACAACUGCAUCGUAUUCACAAAUGGAUCCAUCACGCUGUCCUUGACUGAAGCAAAACUUUGGUACGAGUUCCUGAAAAUUGGGACGGAAAUGAUAAUCAACAGAACUGGAAGGAGAAUGUUUCCAUUUAUUGAAUUUUCCUUAAAAGACGUAGACCCUAGAGGGUUAUACGACAUCAUGUUUGACAUCAUCCCAGCAAGCAACAAAUGCUUCAAAUUUUUUAACAACAAAUGGAUGCCUAUUGGGAAAAAGGAACGUGAAUUCGAAAAUCAUCCUUUCAAACAUCCUGAUUCUCCACGAAUUGGGUCAGAAUGGAUGACGACAAAAAUUUCAUUCGAGAAAGUGAAACUCUCCAACAAACCCGGCACCGAGUCUGGAACAUUUACGCUUCAUACGCUUCAGAAGUAUUUAGUGCGAAUCUCCCUCGUUAAACACGAGAAGAAUGAUGAGGUAUCUGUGAUCGAGUUCCCAAUGCCGGCCACCACCUUUAUAGCAGUGUCGGCCUACAACAACAAAGACGUCACCAAUCUAAAGAUCAGAAGCAAUCCGUAUUCAAAGGCAUUUAGAUAUCCGGUCAAAAGAAUGAAGAUCCAGACUGAGUCUCCACGUCACAGUGAUUCAAAAGGCCAUCGAGUCAAAAUUUCGAAGAAAAAUACAUUUGGUCAUCAUCAGAAAUGCCAGGGCGUCUUUCACAGCCAGUGUCCUUUACAUCUUCUGGCUUCAAGUGAAAGAACAAAUACAAAUAAAGUCUUUACAUCGGACACUAAAAGGGAAAAGGGAGUUCAGACGGAAAUAUCAAUGGUCGAUAUCCAGACGUGGUACAACUUUGUAGCCAGUCCAUUGGGAAUGAGUUUCUUUGACCUUGGCGUUCCUCUACCAAUCUCUCCACAUGUCAACAGCAACAUAUACGGACAAGGUUUUUGCAUAUUUCCUUUAAGCUCUGCUUAG